CAGUAUCACAGUCAUCUGACCGGAUUAUCCUAUUUAGGAUUAAUAUUAACUUAUAAGGCAAGCUAUUAAGUCGAACCCCUCUGGACAAUUACAUAUACGUGCGUAGUCUGGUGUUGAAUAAAGUUAGAAUGUCUUGACCAAAUUAAGGUUUUAACCAAUUAGGGCAUGAUUUCUUUUUUAAGACAUACUUAGCGAUUGACAUUCGAUUUUGGAUAAUAUAUAACGAAACAAUAGUUUUGGGUUUUCCGCGCAGCGGACAGUGUUUGGGAGGCUGUUCCAAACCUGGGCGGCCUCGAAACGGAAGCUUUUCCUGCCGUAUGAUUCUGUUCGAUUAUGGGGCACUUCAGCUGUGUUACUGUAUCGGAAAGAAUAUGAUGAGUGUUUAAUUUUCAUGAGGUUGUAUUCGUCGUUGCAAGUCGUCUGCUGUAAGCCAGUCAACAUUUCUCUCACUGAUGACUUCACUCUUCUAGACAAUCACACGACCAAGAUGAAGAGGAAUAGGGGUUUGGUGACAGGUUCCCCACGCAUCGGGCGCUCCAAGGUUCUACCUAUAAGCAGCGCACGAGCAGCCGAGAACCAACGUGCGAAUUUAAGAACCGAAACCGCAUCGUUCUUGGAGGUUACACCAAUCACCACGGCACAACCGAGCGCCGACCCACGAAGACACGUCAAGUACGAAAACACCUAUAAACUCGACCCUGACCAACCGUUCAUCGCGAAGGACGUCCAGAGAGUCGUUGAACGAAUUCUAGCGGACAAUUUACAUGAUAAGUACUACGAGGCUGCUCAAUGUAAAACCCUCAGUCAGUUGCUGAGCUCGAGGAUUGUGGAGGAGCUUAAAAGAAUGGGAUACUCCAGAUUCAAAAUUGUGUCAAUCGUUUCCAUAGGGAGUGUCAAGGAACGCCCUGGAGUUCAACUGGGGUCAAGAUGUCUUUGGAAUAAGGACACUGACAAUUUUGUUAGUGCUAAAUAUAGUAACAGAUCCUUAUUCGCUGUAGCUAUGGUGUACGGUUUGUACUAUGAAUGAAUUGAAUUUCAUAAUAAAGUAACACUUUAGAA